AUGAGGGACCUCUCCUGUCCUGUGUGCUCUGAAAUCUUCAGGGAUCCUGUUGCCCUGAAAUGCAGUCACAGCUUCUGUAAGGCCUGUCUGCAGCAAUGGUGGAGAGAGAAGGGAUCUCGGGAGUGCCCAGUUUGCAGGAGAAUAUCUUCUAAGGAUCGUCCUCCCUGUAACCUGUCUCUGAGGAAUACCUGUGAGGCUGAAGCAGGAUCUGAAGUGCUCUGCAGUCUGCACAGUGAGAAACUCAAACUCUUCUGUUUGGAGGAUCAAAUACCUGUCUGUCUUGUCUGUCAAACUUCAAAAAAACAUGACAACCACAAAUUUCGACCAGUUCAGGAAGCUGCAGAAGAAAAUAAGGAGAAACUCAGGACUGCACUGGCUCCACUGCAGAAGAAGCUAAAAGCCUUUAAUGCAGUGAAACGAAUCUGUGAUCAAACAGCAGAGCACAUCAAGAGCCAGGCCCAGCACACAGAGAGACAGAUAAGGACGGAGUUUGAGAAACUUCAGAAGUUCCUAAAAGAUGAAGAGGCAGCCAGGAUCACUGCACUGAGGGAGGAAGAGGAGCAGAAGAGUCAGAAGAUGAAGGAGAAGAUUGAGAAGAUGACAGAAGAGAUAUCAUCCCUUUCAGAACAGAUCAGAGCCAUUGAACAGGAGCUGGGAGCUGAAGACAUCUCAUUCCUGUUUUACUCAAAGUAG